UGUGGAUUAGCACCGACAACAAACAAAAGAUCGAGGUUAGCCAUACUUUGUCGAUGUCUAGCAGCUCUAAUCAUACCUGCGAGAUAAGUCUUGUGUCGUAUAUUUUCAACUUUUCUCAAAACGCUUUAGCCUGAUGGGUUUUCUUCGUUAAAUUCGUCAUUUUAUGUGUUCAGCGAUUGUCAGCUAUCGAGCCAUUUUAUCAAUACGCUUAUUUAGUUUGCUAGCAUUACCCAGCAACGUUAGCUAGUGAGCUUUUAAAAUACUUGUCAGUUUGUAAGGCCAUUUGACUUAUAGUUAAUAGUUGUUUGAAUCGGUGGCUGACACGGCUUUCUAACUUAAAUAAAACAGUUUGAUAGCCAUGUCUGGACAGUCAUCGGGCUGUGGGUUUCUAAUGUCGGUUGUUGUUCACGGAGACUCGGCUCUGAACGAGCAGGAAAAUGAGCUCAACCAGCAACUCCGACGGCUCUAUCCAGCGGUAAACGAACUUGAAACCCCGCUUCCUCGAUCCUGGAGCCCGAAGGACAAGUUCAGUUACAUUGGCCUCUCUCAGAACAAUCUUCGAGUGCACUAUAAAGGUCAUGGAAAGACCCCCAAAGAUGCGGCAUCCGUACGAGCCACUCAUCCCAUCCCAGCCGCCUGCGGGGUCUACUACUUUGAGGUGAAAAUCAUCAGUAAAGGCCGAGAUGGGUACAUGGGUAUCGGUCUCUCGGCUCAAGGUGUCAACAUGAACAGACUCCCUGGUUGGGACAAACACUCGUAUGGUUACCACGGAGAUGACGGCCACUCGUUCUGCUCCUCCGGCACGGGGCAGCCCUACGGCCCCACGUUCACUACAGGCGACGUGAUUGGCUGCUGCGUCAACCUCAUCAACAACACCUGCUUCUACACAAAGAAUGGCCACAGCUUAGGAAUAGCCUUUACAGAUCUACCGCCCAACCUGUACCCCACAGUGGGGCUGCAGACCCCUGGGGAGGUGGUGGACGCCAACUUUGGCCAGCACCCAUUUGUGUUCGACAUCGAAGACUACAUGCGCGAGUGGCGGACUAAGAUCCAGGCCCAGAUCGACAGGUUCCCCAUAGGGGACAGGGAGGGAGAGUGGCAGUCCAUGAUCCAGAAAAUGGUGGCAUCCUACCUGGUCCACCAUAGUUACUGUGCCACAGCCGAAGCCUUUGCCAAAUCCACAGACCAGGCUGUGCAUGAGGAGCUGGCCUCCAUUAAAAACCGACAGAAGAUCCAGAAGCUGGUGUUGUCAGGCAGAAUGGGAGAGGCCAUCGAGACCACCCAACAGCUGUACCCCAGCCUACUGGAGAGUAACCCCAACCUCUUAUUUAUGCUGAAGGUGAGACAGUUCAUCGAGAUGGUGAACGGGACGGACAGCGAGGUGCGAUGCCUGGGGGGCCGCAGCCCCAAGUCCCAGGACAGCUACACGGGCUCGCCCCGCCCCUUCAGCAGCCCCAGACACAAAGCCAGUGGCUCCCAGGCCUACCUCACAGGGUUUGACGGUGGCUGUUGUAAUGGGGUGAUGUCCAGUAAGGCCCACCCCUCCCCCCACAGUCACAAGUCCUGCCCACCGAGCCCAGCCCUCCUUGCCUCCGCUGCUGAGCUCAGCUCCCUCAAUGGCAGCCACAGCCUGCAGCAGCCCAACGCCAGUACUGAUGUGGACAUGGAGGUUGACCACUUCACCAACGGAGUGACCGAGUCCUCCUUCAAUGGCACCUCCAAACACGGAGCCCAGACCGAGGACUGUGACGCAGACAUGGAGGUGGAGUCGGCCCAGUCCAAGAGGCAGCUGUGCGGGGGAAGCCAGGCGGCCAUCGAGAGGAUGAUCCACUUUGGCCGGGAGCUCCAGAGCAUGAGUGAGCACCUACGCCGAGAGUGCGGCAAGAACUCGGUCAACAAGAAGAUGCUCAAGGAUGCAUUCAGUCUGUUGGCCUACUCGGACCCGUGGACUAGCCCAGUGGGCUAUCAGAUGGACUCUAUCCAGAGGGAACCGGUGUGUUCCACACUCAACAGUGCAAUACUAGAGACUCAUAACCUGCCCAAGCAGCCCCCUCUGGCCCAAGCUGUGGGACAGGCCGCCCAGUGCCUGUCCAUCAUGGCACACUCUGGCAGCGGCUCCUGCGCCUUCGCUGCUGUGGACGAUUACCUGCACUAGCCCGACACACACAGGUCCCCCCCACCUCCACACAACUCAAUCUGGAUCCCUCUACUCCCCGGGCUAGCCUAGGCUGCGUUCAGAUUCUCCAACCCUCCUCCCGAAGUGUUCACUCCUCAUGCUUUUAAAAGCAUUGGAUUGGUGCGGGCAUGCCUGGAGGGAGUUUUCACCAUAUUCCUCACACCAGUCCAUUCCUUUGAAAUCCAUGAGGGGGAGUGUACGAGUGCACUCUUUUGGGAUAGGGUCGAGAAUCGGGACGUCGCCCAAGUCUCACGGGAACCCUGAUGCAGUCACGCAAGCCUGCCCACAUAAUUUUGGUUGAUAGGGAGAGGGAAGAAAUUGCAGAUUAGCCAACUAGUAAAUUCACCUCCCUGAUCUGUGUGACUGUGGCAAACCAUGCAGGGUUUUCAUAUCCCAAACUACUGGGCAAAGGUGGACCACCCUGGUCUGAAGAACAAGGAACGGCUUUCCAGUGACCGCACAACACCAACCCACAGUCAACGACAUAUGUUGACACUCCACAUUUGCCAACCAAAAAUGUGCUCCAUUUAAACCCCCUGACCAACCAGGCAAGGCGGGCCGAUAUAACCACAGAAGACGUGAGUAUUCUGACCCAUUCUAGUGCAUUUGCACCUGGGUUUGCAGAGUACGCUAGCCGAUCCCACCUCGAGAAACCAACUCCUUGGUGGUGCAAAAGAUGACACCCAAACCCCAUGGCAUCAGUGACUGGUGAUGCAUGUGGACUCAAGAUUUUGAAGAAGCCAGUGAGAGAAUCCAGAGUCCUAACUUUUUGUCUUUUUCUUUCUUUAAAAAAAAUUGUGUUUAUUUUGGGGAGGGGCAGUAGGUGGGAGGUGGGGGAGGGUGGGUAGGUUCUGUUUGUUAACCCUUCCUGGUUUAAAAGGCAUGGUGGUGAUGAUUAUUAUUCUAGCUAAUUAUUAUAUUAUUCUUACUUGCAUACACAGUAUAUUUGUUGCGCGCCGGCAAGAGUGAAUUCCACCAAAUAAAGGUCCCAAUCCCACCACUCCUUACUAGUGACAAGUGUCA